AUGACUUCCCCCUGGAAAACACUGGGAGUUACUUUUAACGCUUCCGAAACAGAGAUCCGACAGGCUUACCUUCGUCUGGCACGACAAUGCCAUCCAGACAAGAACCCCAACGACCCUAAGGCCACAAAAACUUUUCAAAAGUUACAAGAUGCCUAUGAAGUGCUGCGCAAUGGUCACUUCUUGGACAGGGGCUCCAGUGACACAACCCCCGAGACCCAGGAGACGACACCCAAACGAAUGCCCACUUUCGUAUGCAGACCUCAAGUGACAGUAAAUCUGUCAAUAAACCGUUCAAGUAAGUCAUACUCCGGCCACCCAGACUCCAACGCCAAGUUUUACAGCGUUUUCCAGAAGCUCUUCCGAGAGAUCUCUUUCUGGGAGAUGAAAUGCAAACAAAACACCAGCAAGCUGCCACCACCAAGCUUUGAACGAAGCUCCACCCCAUUAAAAGAUGUCAAAACCUUUUAUAAAUACUGGGCCGAAUUUUCCACCAAAAUGUACGUGCGGCCAAAGGGCACGCACAAUUGGGUGCUCAUCUCCACUAAACCUCCCUCAAAAACCAGCGUAAAAUCUGUUCAGCAACAUCGGGAACAGUUCAACACCGAAGUUCGCUCUUUGGUGAACUUCUUACUAAAGCAAGAUGAACGGCUGAACCAAAAAUGA